GGAGGGAAAUAAAAGGAGCGAAGGAGAUCAAAGGCAGCGGAUCAAGAAAAUGGAGACCAUAAGUGAUUUCAGAAGGAUGACCAAGAUGACGGAGUGCGUAUUCGGACUUGUAGGAGAUGGCUUCGUGAUUGUGGCGGCGGAUGCGGCGACGGGGUUAGGAUGCGUUAGUCCCAAUACCACCGCGGACAAGAUCACGGUCCUCGAUUCUCACAAGCUCAUCGCCGCUAUUGGUUAUCCUGGGGACAGGUAUCCGUUCAUGGAUUCCAUAAAGGAGAAGUUGGCUCAGUCUCAGGGGGAUGGGAUCCCUUGGACCACUCUCGCCACCGCCAGAUUCAUCCGUGGCGAGCUCGACGCUGCUUUGCGCAAAGGCGAGGUUGAGAGAGUGAGCAUGCUGGUUGCGGGCUAUGACGAAGGGACAGGCCCUUCCUUUUACCAUAUUGACUGCACUGCUUCACUUAAAACGGCUAAGAAGGGAGUUUUUGAUGGUGAUGGCCGCUAUUAUGGACUCCGAAUGUUGGUCGAUCGCUACAAAAGCGGAAUGUCACUGGAAGAAGCAAUUCGUUUGGUGGAUGAUUGCAUGGCGGAACUGAAAUCCAGGCGGAUUGUGAAGUCAGAAAACUAUGGUGUCAAGAUCAUUGAUAAGGAUGGAGUAAGAGUGCACAAACCAGUUGAUGAUUCUGCUAUUCUUCGGGUUAGAAGAAAUGAUUUUUCCUCCUUGCGUUAGGUGGAAAAAUUGAUUGUAAAAAAGAUUGUGUUCCGGUGGUUUUCCCUGAGCCAUGAUCUCUCUCCAGAGCCAUGGUUUCCCAAAACUAAUAUGUGUGAUUUC